AUGAUUACCAAAAUUAAAUAAUAAUAAAUACUCUAAAGGGUCAUAAAAAUAAGAUUUUAUCACUUGAAUAUUCGAGUAAUGGAAAAUUUCUUGCUUCGAGAAGUUGUGAUGAUUCAAUUAAAAUAUGGAAUUUAGAAAAUCCAAACAAUUAAAAUAUAACUUUGA